GUCACCUCCCGGCGCCAAAGGGCGAACCGGGGCGGCUCGCGACCAUGGCGGGGCGGCGCGCGCUGCACUUCGUGUUCAAAGUCGGGGAUCGCGCGCGGACCGCGCGCUUCUUCCGCGAGCUGCUGGGCAUGAGCGUGCUGCGGCACGAGGAGUUCUCGGAGGGCUGCAAGGCGACCUGCAACGGGCCUUAUGAUGGAAAAUGGAGCAAAACGAUGGUGGGGUACGGGCCAGAAGACAAUCACUUUGUUGCAGAACUGACUUACAAUUACGGUGUUGGAGAAUAUCGCCUGGGCAAUGACUUUCUGAGGCAAGUUAUUGAAAAGUGGGACUCAGGCACCAUCCACCCUGUGAAUUCUGUGUGUCCAUUCUGUUCUCCUCAGGGCAUAACGCUGGUGUCCAGCCAGGCUGUGAGCAACGCUAAGAAGCUGGGGUGGCCCCUCAAAGAAGUUACAACCGGUAUUUUUGAAGCUGAAGCCCCAGGGGGAUACAGGUUCUACUUGGAAGACAAGGAACAGCUCAGGCAAGAUCCUGUGCUGAAGGUAACCUUGGGUGUCUCCGAUCUGCAGAAGUCUGUUAACUACUGGUCCGGUUUGCUCGGGAUGAAAAUAUAUGAGAAGGAUGAAGGAAAACAAAGGGCUUUGCUGGGCUAUGCAGAUAACCAGUGCAAGCUGGAGCUGAAGACCGUUGCAGGAGCGGUGGAUCACGGGACAGCGUUUGGGCGGAUUGCCUUCUCCUGCCCAAAGGACGAGUUGCCAAACAUCGAAGCACUGAUGAAAAAGGAGAAUCAGAGAAUUUUAACACCUCUGGUUAGCUUGGACACACCUGGCAAAGCCACAGUGCAAGUGAUUAUUUUGGCUGAUCCUGAUGGCCAUGAAAUCUGUUUUGUGGGAGAUGAAGCAUUUAGAGAUCUGUCCAAGGUGGAUCCUAAUGGUGACAAAUUGUUAGACGAUGCCAUGGCGGCGGACAACAGCGACAAGUGGUUUGCUGCGCAAAAAAUGAAGAAGGCUGCCGCUUAGCUGGAGAAGAGGACUGGACUGCGCGUUCGUGCCUUGCUUUUCAUCUGAGAAAAACGUUAAUCCUGUGUAACGUGUUGCAUUACCCCUUCCUGUAAGAGGGGGCUGUAAUGUCUCAUGCUGGUUUGUUUGAUUUACGCUUGCAUCUCUUGCUGCGUGUCUCUCCUUUCAAGCAAAGGUCAUGUUCCCCUGCAGAAAAACGAAGCUGUGCCAUAAGGAGCUGGUUCAGCACGUGGCUUCAAAAACGGGCCAUCCGUUAAGGGGAAAACCUGACAUUUCUGUGUUAUACUUGAAAAAUAGGUUGCUAGAUUCAUCACAGUGUCUAAUUAUCUAAUUGGCUUUAGCCGUCUGGGGUUUGCAGCUUAGAGAGGAGAUCUUCAGGUGGCCGUGGCUGUACUGCAGGGAGGGCUGUGCAUGGAGACCUCGAGCAGCUCAGCUCUCACAGUGCACACCUGAUUCUUGGGAACAGAAAAAUCAUCUCGCUAAAGCAUGUGAAUAUUCUAGUUGGGAACAAACCCUCUUUCCAUUCCAAGGUGUUUCCCCAGCGUCUGGGGUGAAGUAUUCACCAGAGAAGCCUGUGGUGCGUUUCUUACUGGGGACACAUCAUUGAUGUUGGAGGUAUCGUGCCUGUCUCCUGCUGGCAGCACACAGGCCAUGCCUUGGGGUGCAUGGCAGCAUUGCGCUGGCUGCUGAGGUGCUGGGAGGUGAUUUGGAAUUAACUAAUCAGGGUUUUGCAAUUAAGCUUUUGACGAGAAAUUGCCUUUGGAAGUAACAGUUCGGGGUUCGUUCCGUUGGAAUGAAGUCACUCUGCUUUUGCUAGUGGAGUAAGGGCUGGGAAUUCGGGGAGCGAUUGGCAGCGCUGUCCGUGUCAGGCACGCCGCCGGCUGUGUCAUCAUGCUUGAUGAAAACCUGGAAUAACUCGCAGGGAAAGGAGGCGAAAUCAGCAGCGUUGGCAGUUCCCGAGGCAUGUCGGCGCUUGCAGUCGAAGUUGUGAGUUCCAACAGCAAAACGUUCCUCGCUGCGGUUUUGUUGUUGGAGCUUUUUGGUUCAAGUUCCUCACUGAUUUUGUUGUUUGAGAUUUUUGGUUCAAGUUCGCUGAUGAUUUCCAGUCGUGUACCGUUGCGGUUACAAAUGUCAUGUCUGAGCUGCCGCUCACCAGUGUCCCCUGAACCCAAUAAAAGCGAUGUGGAAGGAC